AUGACCAGGGAUGGAGGUCGAUAUCCUCCUGAAGCCGAAAAUCUAAUCCUCCAAGCGUUUGAAGAUGAUCCCACUACAAGUACUAGGAAAGUUGCUGCUGAUCUUGAAAAGGAUCCCACGCGGCUGCUCCAGAAGCUGGGCCUCUUCUUAGUUGAUGAGGAAAGUGAUCAGAUGCUCUUCCUCUCUGCCGGGGCGUCUAGAGACCUGAUAGAUUGGAAGGCGCCAUCUGACACUAAUACACUCCCUGAGGUUAUACACGAGCUGGUGGAACAUUCCCUCCUUGCCUGUCUAGGAUAUGACGGAUUUAUGUACUAUCCGGCAGCCAGGAGUGCCAUUCCUGGUUUCUUUCGUCGUUACCUCUGCAGAGGUUCCCAGCCGGCGUACUGUUGGAGAGAUCGGGGAGCGGGUUGGAGAUCGUGCUCUACGGCACAUGUUAUCGCUGUCCAUCGUUUCGUCUGUUUGACCGCCAGAUAUGGACUCUCAUGGCCCAACAACACAUCUGAUUCAAAGUGCUCCAACCGUCCGCCAGGCGUAAAGACUAGUAGUCUCCCCUCCAAACGAGCGAGGACGUGCGGGUUGGAUUUCAAGGAAGUACAUCAUUAG